AUGCUCCCUGCUCACACGGCUACAAUCACAAAGAGCAAGCGCGAAGUCGCGGCCGCCAACCGCGGCCCGGGCCCCGCAACCUACCAGCUUCCUUCAGAUUUUGGCAACCUUGGCAAGAACGCCACCAAGCGGGGCGCCGCAGCCUUCUCCAUGGGCGUCAAUGCCAAACCAUCGGAAAAGGAACGCUCCCCCGGUCCCAAAUACAACUAUGAUCACACCCUGACGCCUCGUGGCGCCCACAGCCAGCCAGCCUACUCGAUGGCCGGACGACACGCCGCCAAGCCUAAAGACGUGACCCCUUGCCCCAAUCAAUAUGGCGAGACGGCGCCUGUCACGACAAGCCGUGUGCGCCGAGCACCGGCAUUCACCAUGGGGCAACGCAAAUUUGCUGCCGAUGACACCAUCACCCCAGGGCCCAACACUUUUGUACCCCCCUCUCUCAUGACAAAAUCGCAAUUGUCAACCAAGUCAACGGCUGCCGCCUUCACCAUGGGCGGUCGCAUUGCCAGCGCCAAAAAUAAAGGCCAACCCGGUCCUGCUGACUAUGCCGUCGUCGGCUUCAACGGCAGCAAGCGCAAUGUACCGGCUGUCACCAUUGCCGGACGCCACAAAACCAAAGCAAACAAGGAGGUCACUCCACCUGCCACAAAGUAUAACCCUCAAAUCAAGUCAAAGCUCUUUCCCCGCGGGACUUGGCUCUUUGUGCCAUUGUUUUUCGUAUCUUUGUGUGUGUGUGUGUGUGUGUGUGUGUGUGUGUGUGUGUGUGUGUGUGUGUGUGUGUGUGUGUGUGUGUGUGUGUGUGUGUGUGUGUGUGUGUGUGUGUGUGUGUGUGUGCUUUAG